AUGAGUUUUAUUAUUAAAUUAUGUUUUAUUCUUUUAUUUUUUUUUACAAUACUAAUUAAUUGUUCAAAAAAAUGGUCAAAUGGUAGGAUACCAUAUAUCUUAGAUCAAAAAUUAAGAAAAAAUAAUUAUCAAAAAAAAUCAUUAUUUAAUACAUUAGUAGAUCUAAAUAAUUUUACAUGUUUAAAAUUUAUUCCAAAAACAGAAAAUGAUACAAAUUAUGUUGAAUUUAGAUAUUAUUCAAGAAAUCCAAGAUGUUGGAAUUUUUUAACAUAUACAAAUGGUUUAAAUAUUGUGACUGCAGGUCCAUCGUGUCUUACACAAAAUAGUUCUGUUUAUAGGCAUAUUUUUACGGAUUGUGAUAUUCAGUAUAUUAAUUUAUUUUAUAAUUGUCCCAAAUUUAUUCCUCAAAUGUUAGAUUGUGACUCAUCAUAUACAAUACCUAUAGAUAAAAAAUUAAAAAAUCACUAUAAAUUUAAUGAAAAAAAACAAAAAUGGACAUCAUCAAAAAAUAUGAUAAAAAAAAUUCGUUCACAAAAUACAUUUAAUAUAACAAAUUUUGCAUCAGAAUAUAUUAAAAAUUUAAUAAAAUUAUAUAAAGAAAAAAAUAAAAUACCAUCAAAAUUAACUACAACAGAAAAAUAUCCGUUAUCUACUAUUAAAUCUACUACUAUGUAUAUUACUAAAACAACACCAUUUAUUACCACAACACCAUUAAUUUUAACUACAACGAUAAAUAAUAAUAUUUUACAGGAGACAACUACAACAAAAAAAACAAAUAUUACCAAUGAUAUUUGUGAAAUAAAUUGUAAUUUUAAUGCUUUUCUUAAAAGAUUAUUUGUAUUACAUAAUGAAAAUUUUUAUGUUAGAGAUACAAUGCUAGAAUCUGAUACAUUAUCACUUAAACAAUUACAAACGGAUAAUUAUUUAAUAAAAAGUGGUGAAGCAUUUAUUGCAAACAGUGAAAAUAAUGGUAUAUGUUCAUGUACAGUACCAUUAUAUCGUUUAUUUAAUAGUAUAAUAUCUGAUCAUUUUUAUACAACAAAUGAAACUGAAUUAAAAAGUGCAAGAACAUUAAAUGGAUAUAAAUUUGAAAAAAUUGAAGGUUACUGUACACAAAAUUUUGCAUGUGGUGCAUUAUUACCACUUUAUAGAUUUUACAAUCCAUUAAUUAGUGACCAUUUAUAUACAACAGAUGAAAAAGAGAUGCUAUUUUAUAGAAACAAUUUAAUUCAUGGAUAUUUUUUUGAAAAAAUUGAAUGCUAUCUAUGGGAUAGGAAAGAUGUUAUAAAAUAUUGUAGCAAAUAA